CUCUAACUAUUAGUUUUAACCAUCAAAUAAUUCCCAGCCCAGUGGUUAAGUGCCCUUUUUAUGGACAACGUGGUCCAAAGUUCGAUUGCGACGGCUGUCAUCCUUUGGCGUUUGUUUUUUCUUUGAUCUACCAGCUGCGCCUUUUAUGGACUUUGAGGCCCAGUUUGGAGCAAAGCCCAAGGGGGUGCAGCUCUACCAUGCCAGCCCAACAGGCUCGGAUUAUGAGGUCGAAUUUGGCUUUGACUACGCUGGGCUUAUGGAUUAUGAGGCCCCCAAAAGAUGAGGUCCUGUGCUGUGGGUCAGACCAGCACAGGGUCUGUGCCGGGCCUGCUCCGCUUCAAGGUAUCCAGGACGGUGAGGAACCGAUUACCUUGGCGGAAGACUUUGUUGAUACGAUUUUGUUGUUGCUAGGGAGGGGCGACACUGUCAACGACGAUGCGGACACCAACGACGUUGACAUCCGAAACCAAUGGAUGUUGAUCGUGACCGCAGAGGAGUCUCUGUUAGAUUAGUUUUCAUUUUCUUGUUUAAAUAUUAAUUAAUAAUAUACUGAAAUUGUCCAAUUCAGUAAUUAUAUUGCCACGUCAAACAAUAGAUUUUUAUGCCACGUCAACAAAAAUUGUCCAAUUCAACAAUUAUAUUGCCACGUCAGAGCCAAGUAACGGUCAAAUGGAUUGAAAGUUAACAAUUUGGUUACAAUUUUGAUUUUUUGAAAGGUUUGGUUAUUAUUUUGAUUAAAAUGACAGGUUUGGC